UCGCUUUAUAUUUUGAUGGCAUGAAUGAAAGGCAACAAAAUGUGGUAGAGGAGAUUCAGAUGACAUGUGAUCACAUAAUUACCUUUUCUCACUUUGUUCCCAGGCAGGAACUUUGUCCAGAGAAGAGGAUGUUAUUCUAUCCAAAGCUUCCAAAAAUAAUUGGUUCAGACUCCCUUGAGCUUCGAAUAAGGUCAAUACAUGGGGCUGAGGGAAGGGGGGAUGCAUCCGCUUGCCAUGUGUUUGGUCAUACCCACUUCUGUUGGGAUACUGUUAUUGAUGGUAUCAGGUAUGUGCAAGCACCCCUGGCCUACCCAAGGGAAAGGAAAAGAAGAAUGAAUGGAGGUGAAAAUUGGCUGCCGUUUUGCGUCUAUGCUGGCAAAAGAUUUACAGAUAGACUCACCCCUUGCUAUUGGUCUGAUUAUUACUCUGCCAACCCCAGGACCCCUCACAAUACUGAACUUGCUCCCUGGGUUGCCAGAUUUUACAGGCAAACACAAAGUAUAGAUGUAUAGUAAUCUAGUCUACUCAUAAUAUUGCCCUAUUGCUGUCUUCAUUUGGAGUA